AGUAGUAAAUUUCACGCAUAAAUAAAUGAUUCCAGAAUUUUAAUUAUAUAAUAUUCGAUCAGUGCACCAGUAAUAAAACUAUUCUUAGUUCAAUAUCAAAAAAGUAAUACGAAAUACAUUUAAAUGAGUAACCUUAACAGUGGCCGGAAGUCGGACGUGGACGAGGCAGAGUUGUACCCAUGUGACGUUUGUAACGAGCCAUUGGACAGCGAAGGCCACACGAAGGUACACCGAAGGAUACACAUCGCAGAGCAGCCGUACCAGUAUGAUGUGUGCAUUAAAUCGUCCUCCAAUAGCAUCGCCUUGACGGUACAGCAACGGACGCACUCAGAAGAGAAGUCGUACCAGUGUGAUCUGUGCAUGAAAACGUUCUCCGACAGCAGCGCCUUGACGGUACACCAACGGACGCACCCGGCAGAGAAGUCGUACCAGUGUGAUUUGUGUAUGAAAUCGUUCUCCAAAAUCAGCGCCUUGACGGUACACCAUCGGACGCACACCGGAGAGAAGCCGUACCAGUGUGACGUGUGCGUUAAAUCGUUCACUAAAAAUAGUGAUUUGGAGAGGCACCGGAGGACGCACACGGGAGAGAAGCCGUACCCGUGUGACGUGUGUGACAGAUCUUUCAGUGUAAGAGGCAGUUUGAUUACACACCGGCGGACGCACACCGGAGAGAGACCUUACCCGUGCGAUGUUUGCGACAAGUCUUUCAAUCAAUGUGGCCAACUGACGGUACACAAGCGGACGCAUACUGGAGAGAAACCUUUCCCGUGCGAUAUAUGCGACAAGUCGUUCAGCGUAAAGGACCACCUAACGUCACACCAGCGAUCGCACACCGGAGAGAAACCUUACCCGUGCGAUGUGUGCGACAAGUCGUUCAACGUGAGUUAUACUUUGACGAAGCACCGGCGGACGCACACGGGAGAGAAACCAUUCCCGUGCGACAUUUGCGACAAGUGGUUCAGCGUAAUUGACUGUUUGACGAAGCAUCGGCGGACUCACACAGGAGAGAAACCAUACCCGUGCGAUAUUUGUGACAAGACCUUUAACAAUAACUAUCAAUUGACGGUACACCGACGGAUGCACACGGGAGAGAAACCGUACAGGUGUUACUUUUGCAACAAGUCGUUCAGUAUAAAAAGCAGUUUGACGAAGCACCGACGUACGCACACUGGAGAGAAACCGUACAAGUGUGAGUUUUGCGACAUGUCGUUCGCUCAAAGCGGCAACCUAACGGCACACCGGCUGAGACAUUAGGACCGGAAAUAAUGUUUAAUAAUAUUUAUUUUUUUUUUUUUUUCGUUGAUGUAUGCUAUGUAUUUAUAGGCGUACAUUUUUCUUUGUUAAUUUUCAUUUAGUAGUUUAAACUUUGUUAGUAAUAUAUUGCGAUUGUUUUUCACCUUUAUUAUUAUGAAUUUAAUUAUUUCACAAUUACUAUUAACUAGCGUAAUAAAUAGGAUUUACUAGUUAAUAUGACUACCUAUAUCCUUAGCUUAUACUCAUAAUGAUUAAUUAAAAUACAUAUUUAGGGAAGCUCGUUCUCAGAAUGUAAAAAUGUAUGAUAUUACAUAAUACAUAAUAUUCACUCAAUAUAUCAAUUGAUUAUAUUUAUCGGAGUAAAUUUAAGUAUAUUAUAAUUACCAAAAUGUCAUCUACUUACUGUGGAAGGUAAUUUAUUAAGGUAAAUAGUAAUUUUGAAGUUGAGAGGCAUUUUUAAUUUUUUUUAUCUAAUAUAUAAAAAUCUCGUGUCACAAUAUGGCAAAUGUAUGUCGCCAAACUCCUCCGAAACGGCUUGACCGAUUUUCGUGAAAUUUCGUGUGAAUAUUCAGUAGGUCUGAGAGAAUGAAGUAAACUAUUUUUCAUACCCCUAGGUCCAACCCGGGGACGUGCUCAAAAUGGAUUUUUGAGAUUUACGGUGGAAAUUAUUGUUUAUAAAUGGUUGCUAUGGGUUUUAAAGCUAUUAUAAUAAUAUUUAUUGGUUGCCAUUGGUUAAUCAUUAGUUAAAUUAUUAUUAUUAUUAUUAAUAACUAUUAAUGACGUAUUAGUAUUAGUAUUUUAUUUGUAUAUUGGUUAAUCAAGCAUGCAUCAAAUCUGAUUGUCACAUAUUGCCUACCAAUAUGUUGCACUUAUAGCCGCUCAUCGACGGUGCCCACAAUCCACUGCAGGUGGGUUGUCUACUUGAUAUACCGUCGAAAACUGUCCGCGAGUCGGAUUGCCUACCAAGGUGGCUGAAUAAUUGCGCUUAAUGUAGCAAAAUACAUCCAAAAGGAAUAAUCUUAAAGAGUUGUAAUUUUUUUAAGGGCAACGAAGUGCACGGGAUCAGCUAGUUGGUUUUUAGAUUAUUCAUCUCUAAUGUUGACAAACUUUUUUUAAAGCCAGGAAAUAGCCGACACUCCUACCGAAGACCAGCAACUUCUGCAUAUAAGUUAAUUUCCAUACCUACCUGUUUCCCAAAAUCGAUACUGGUGAAUUGAUUCCAAUAUGCAAUAAGGAGGUAUGUGUGUGGUAUAUAUCAGUUGAUUCCCUUUUUGUUGUAUAUCAGCGGAAAUGAGGAAAAUAAGUAUUGAUGAGGGAAAUGGGCCCAACAAUUUUCGAUAUCGAUUUGUUUUAAAUAUUUACCUUCCCCUAAAGUAUGAA